AUGCGAUUCAUCCUUUUUACCUUGUGUAUAUUCCUGUUCUCCGCUCUCCGUGUAUCAGCGGCGUUCGAGUCUCGGGAACUGGACCUUGACAACACCAACGAGUUUGCCAGCAGAGACUUCGACCUCAAGGAACGGAAUGUCUUCAAUUCGCGAGGAAACUCGCCUUACGAUCGUAGCUGGGCUUUCAAAAGAGAGGAACCAUUCUCUCUCGAAAUACGGGACCACGGCACUAGUGAACAAGUUACCGUUCGCCAGAACCCAAUCGUCAAAGCCUGGCGCACUGUGAAGCAGAAGAUUUGGGAUUGGAGGAACAGAGACCUGCUCAGGCAACAAGCUCAGUAUUACAGCAGACCAAGAAGAGCGCUCAACUGA